UACGUCUUCCUCUCCCCCAGGCUCUGUGCCUCCCUGGGUGCGGUCCCCACGCCCCACCUGGGUCCAUGCCGGUGGCCUUGGGCUCCCCCGGCGCCCCCGCAGCCCCGCCCUGGGCCAACCAGAGCUCGGGCCGCGAGUUCUUCCUUCUGGGCUUCGCGCACGUGCCGGCGCUGCGGCCGCUGCUGGCUGCGCUCUUCCUGGCCAUGUUCCUGCUCACGCUGCUGGGCAACGCGCUCAUCGUGCUGCUGACCGCCCUGGACCCGGCCCUGCGCGCGCCCAUGUACUUCUUCCUGCGCCAUUUGGCCCUGGUGGAGAUCUGCUUCUCGCUGGACAUCGUGCCCCGGCUGCUGGUGACCCUGCUGCGGCCCGGGCGGGGAGUGUCACCUGCGGGCUGCGCCCUGCAGCUGCUCCUGGUGCUGUCCUGUGUCACUUCCGAGUGCUUCCUCCUGACCGCCAUGGCCUGGGACCGCUACGUGGCCAUCUGCAGGCCCCUGCGCUAUGGCGCCAUCAUGAGCCCACGACUCUGCCACCUGCUGGCUGCCACGUGCUGGCUGGCUGGAGUCCCUGUGUCACUGGUCUUCACAGUCUGGCUGUUCCACUUCCCCUUCUGUGGACCACGUGGCAUCCGCCACUUCUUCUGUGACAUCGCCCCUCUGCUGAGCCUGGUGUGUGCGGACACCAGGGUCUUGGAGGCCAACGUGUUGGCGGCCACAGUGCUGGUCAUCAUGGUUCCCUUCUGUCUGAUAGCCGUGUCCUACAUUGGAGUCUUAGCCACUGUCCUCCAGAUGCCAUCAGCCACUGGGCGCCACAAGGCCCUGUCCACAUGCGCCUCCCACCUCAUUGUGGUGGUUCUGUUUUAUGGCACAACAGGGGUCAUCCACUUGCGACCCAAGGCCAGCUGCUCCCCAGAGAGCAAGCAGGUGGUGUCCCUCUCCUACACCCUGGUGACCCCCAUGCUCAAUCCCCUCGUCUACAGCCUUCGGAACAAGGAAGUGAAGGCUGCCCUGGGGCGUCUGUGCUGCAGUUACCAGGGCUCUGGAUGCCAUGAAUGACCUCUUCAGGACCACUUUUCAGAGUCAGGAAUUGUUAGUGUCUGUUUUUGCCAGGAAUAUAUGUGCAAAUAUGUGGUGCAGCUCUCUGAUUUUUUUCCAGGUUAUCAUAGUUUUUCCUCUUUCGGUCAUGGUGGUGCUAAUUUCACCUUUCUGUCCAAGAAAAGUCACGUGACCAAGCACACAGUCCCUGAGUACAAUUAUUUGGUAGUGGUGGACAAAUGUACCUAA